AGCAAGAGUUGGAGAACCUGGAGAAAUGGAAGGAGCAGCAUAGAGCCAAGCCCAUUAACCUACUCCCGAGGCGGCUAGGUGGAAGCCAAUCAGAAGCUGAAGUCAGGCAGAAACAACAGCUACAGCUGAUGCAGUCGAAAUACCAGCAGAAGCUGAAAAGAGAGGAAUCGGUCAGAAUCAAAAAGGAAGCUGAAGAAGCUGAAAUCCAAAAGAUGAAGGCAAUUCAGAGAGAGAAGAGCAACAAACUAGAGGAGAAAAAAAGACUUCAUGAAAACCUCAGAAGAGAGGCAUUUAGAGAGCAUCAACAAUACGUGACAUCUCAGUUUUUGAGCAAACUGAACACUGAAUUACCAAACAAAAAUACCUGUCAAAUUGCUCCUGGUGAACCAGCAGCUUCAGCCUGGUCCAGAAGCCGUUCUUAUAAGGAUUCUUUAAAGGAAGAAGAAAAUAGAAGAAUACAAAAGAUGAAAGAGGAGCAACACCAGAAGGGUGAAUUGCUGAAAUUUAAGCAAGAGCAACAGGAGGAACAAAGAAUCAGAACCCACCAAUCUGAACAAAGGAGGGUAAAUAAUGCUUUUCUGGACCGACUCCAAGGCAAAAGUCAACCAGGUGGCCUCGAGCGCUUUGGAGGCUAUUGGAAUAUGAAUAGUGGUAACAGCUGGGGUCCAUGAGAAAUAUUUACUUGCAUCUGGUUUUUGUCAACUGACCUCAAGAACACCUUCAUCAACCUUUGAAACCCCUUUUGUUAAUGACUCAAUUCAGCCUCACUGUUUUAUACCUCAACUUUAUCUGCCCACCCGCUCCACUGAGUGACAGAGAUGGCCAGUUUCUCCCUGUCAUUUUUUAUGCAUAUUUGUAGAAGCUGAUUACUGAACUCCUAUUUAAUCUUGACUGCCAGUGAAAUCUUACAUUAUUUUUCUAAUUGGUUUCACCUUGUAUGGAAAGCGUAAUUACAGCAACAUUAAAAAGACAAAAAAAAUGAGAGAAUCAUUUGCUAAUUUCAUGUUAGAGCUAUGGGUGCUGCCUGCUUUUCUGUUGAAGUACUUCAUUCUUAUCUAAUUCUCAGGUCAGGAUGAGGGAGGCUUUGGAAUUCUUUUAAAAAAUUUAAUUCUUGCAUACUGAACCCAGAAUAAAAAUGUUAAUAAAAGGAAAAAAUAAGUCUUUUAUACUCGUAACUAUUUUAAAAUAAAUUACCUGGGUUUGAUUCCUCUGUCCCUCUCAGAGACCCCAAGCUACCGAGAG